AUGAGCUGGCUUUUUGGGGGGGCCCCUUCUGCCCCUACCGAGGCUCCCGCCAAUACGGAUAAGGCGCUUCCGGAGUUGCCUCCGGGACUACAAACCCUCCCGCCUCCGCCUGCUCCGAAGGGCGUCAUGGUUUCUUCGGCCCCCUUCACCGGCUUUAGUGAGCCUCCCCCUUCUCCCCCCGUAUCGACAGGGGCCUCCCGGGGAUCCAGUGCUCCAUUUUCUUUCUCUCCGUCCACAAAGGGCAUUGACUACAACAGUGAGGACUUCUCCAAGUACACGUGA